AUGGUUGGUCGCUGUUUUUAUCAACUUGUGGUUUUGGUCACAACCCUAAUCCUGCAUAUUGAAUGCAGUCCCCUCACCCUCCAGAAAAGGGGUGUAUGUGCCACUGAGGAUCCUGGUCCAGGUUUCCUCGAUGAAAUAGGUCGUCUCAAGUCAGAUGAAGCAGAUCCUGGCAUUUCACAAGCUAGGAAAGCUCCGAUUGAGAUUGAGACCUGGUUCCACAUCGUGAGCAGCAAGUCCGAGUCCAACCAGGUCUCCGAUAAUAUGAUUAAUUCGCAAGUGAGUUCUGCUCCCUCUCGUUCGUUUUGUUCUUUUUCUGUUUCCUAUGGGGCAAUCCGUGCUUAUCUAUCCAUCCCACAGUUUUCAAUCCUCCAACAAUCAUAUGCAGACUCUGGGAUUUCCUAUCGGCUGCAAGGCGUGACUCGUCAUGUCAAUAACAAGUGGGCAAGUAACAUGGAUGACAUGGCCAUGAAAUCAGCCCUUCGCAAAGGAACUUAUCAGACACUCAACGUCUACUUCCAAACCAAUCUGCAAGCCUCUCCCGGGCAAGCAGGACGUGUACUCGGACGCCGGGGUGCGAGUAUCAACAGCGACCUGGGAUCGAGUGUUCUGGGAUUCUGUACACUGCCUGACCCGGGGGUCAAUGCCAGUAGCCCAGCUUCCCAAUAUGUUAAGGAUGGCUGCAAUAUCUUGGCUAAGACAAUGCCUGGUGGCUCCUUAGAUCUUUACAAUCGAGGGGGAACCGCCAUUCAUGAGAUCGGCCACUGGAAUGGUCUUUUGCACACAUUCCAGGGAGAAUCUUGCUCUGCAGAUAAUCCUGGUGACUACAUAAGUGACACCCCACAGCAGUCUACCCCAACCGAUGGUUGUCCUGCCCGGAAGGACUCAUGUCCGGAUUCCCCUGGACUAGACGCAGUUCAUGACUUCAUGGACUAUUCAUCUGACGUAUGUUAUGAGAGCUUUACUCCUGGACAGGGACAGCGCAUGCGGAGCAUGUGGACCUCAAUGCGGGAAGGGAAAUAG